ACGACAUCAGAGCAUGAAGCGAUGCAUGGACGAAAUGAGUAUGCAGGGUGCCUUUAAUACAACGCCACUAGAUCUCACAGACGGCCUGGGCUUGCAGCAGUGAUCCAAGUUGAAGCAACACAGUCUGUUCACGCACUCAUGUCGGCCAAAUCCUCUCUUCGCCAUCAACUGGUCGGCGCCUGGGAGCUCGUUUCCUACGCAGUCUACUCGGAAGAGUCGGCAUCCACCGUACUACAUCCCCUCGGCGAAGAUGCAAGGGGCAUCAUCAUGUACACGCCAGAUGGCUACAUGUCCGCCCAGCUCCAACGCCCCGGACAGAAGAAUUUCGCCGGCACGUUUCCAACAGACGGUUCGCAGAGCGAGUUGGCUGAAUCGGCGGAGAGGUACAUUGGAUAUACUGGAGCGUACUACUUAGAUGAGUCUGGUGAGAAGCCGCUUCUCCAACAUCACUUCUCCGUCUCCAGCUUUCCGAACUGGUUGGGAGAUACGCAGAAGCGAGUCCUGCAGUUUGAGGGUGAUCUUUUGAUUCUUAGUCUUGAUGCGCCUAUGGAGUUGAAGGGUGGUCGAUGGAAUCCGAUUCUCAAAUGGCGUCGUAUGACGGAUAACCAGGCACCUGCGAAGUAAUGAGGUAACGAAUGGCGGAAAGGGCUCAGGAGAAGCAUCAUCAUGCGAGCGUCUUUUGAAGCACAGUU